GGUGUAAGGCGUCGAUAUAAAUACAGCUUUCCAGGUUUUAGACAAGCAUUAGUUGUGCAUUUGUUGUGAUUCACAGUGACACCGUCGUACAAGACAACAACGUUGAAAAAAUGGCAGCUAAGAUGAUUUUUUUCGCCACCUGCGCUUUGGCCGUGUGCGCCAGACUGGCCGCCGCUUAUCCCCCGACUUAUAGUUACCAAGAUUUCCACCAGGCCGAAGACGUUGCUUACCACCACGCCGACGACCAUCACGACGAAGCGCCGGCCGCUUAUCACUUCGGGUACGCCGUAAAGGACACGCACACCCAAGACAUCAAAAGCCACCAGGAGACCAGCGACGGGCACGGCACGGUCAAGGGUUCGUACAGCCUGGUCGAACCGGACGGUUCCACGCGCCUGGUCGAGUACACGGCCGACCACGUGCACGGGUUCCAGGCCAAAGUCAAGAAAAUCCCGCCGCCCACUUACCGGCACGAGGAACCGGCCGUUUACCACGAACCCGCAACCGCCGCUUACCCGUACGGCAAACCCGAGUACUACAGCGGUUAUUACUGAGCAUUGUUUGUUUCGCUAAGAUGUUUUCAAGUUGUGUGUGUAAAUGUUUGUUUUUUGUUUUAAUUUUUGUAUUUUUUGUUUGUUUCUUUCCGACUAUACAGAGUGUAUCAAGAAUAACACACUAGUUUUCUCUAAAAAUAAUUGCAAUUUUAUAGUUGUUUUUCUUCUUGCGGACACUUAAGAUUACCUUUUUUUUACGAUAUGCCAAUUUUAGCUCUAUCGACUUUUAACAGUCAAACGGUAACGUGUACGUUACUUUGGUAACAUUAAAAGCGAUUAUCCAAAACAGGUUAACAGCCAGUCGACAUGUUCAGCAAAUUAUUCUUAAUUUUAAUAGUCAACAAAAUGCCAUUUAUAGUUACCGUUUAGGUUUUAAAAGUCGAUAGAGCUCAGGAGAAAAAAAAAGGUGUACAUAACAUAAAUGUUUUUUUAAAAAGACAAACUAUAAGAUUGCUAUUAUUUUUUUUUUCUAAGAAAAAAUUAGUGUCUUAUCUUUAAUGAAUCAUCCUGUAUAUAUUAUUAUGAUGCGCGUUUUUCAUCGUUAAACAAAUAGUAGAUAUAU